GGCGGGGACCGGGGGGGCGGGACGCGCGGCCAGGCGCGCUGCGAUUGGCCAGCGGCGGCCGGAGGCGGGGCCGGGCCGCCGGUAUCUCGUGGGCCGCCUCAAAAGAGCCCAGGAUGUUGCAGAGCGCACUGGAGCCCUGGCCAGCGCGCAGCCUGCCCCGCGAGCUGGGUCUUGGGAAUUCGGGUUUGCUCUGGCGCCCUCGCUCUUACAAAACCACCGGAUCUUACAUGCCUCUGUGCCCCCCUCCGUCCGCUCCAUGUCCCCAUGCUCCUGCGCCGGCAACAGGACCUGUCCUCUGGAUGUCAGCUGAGUUACUAAGGUUUUUGCAAAAACUCAGACUGUUUUCCAAAGCAGAAGCGCUGGCGUCCACGGCAGAAGCAAUGGGCAGCGUGCGGACCAACCGCUACAGCAUCGUGUCUUCCGAAGAGGACGGCAUGAAGCUGGCCACCAUGGCGGUUGCAAACGGCUUUGGCAAUGGGAAGAGCAAAGUCCACACCCGCCAGCAGUGCCGGAGCCGCUUCGUGAAGAAGGACGGCCACUGCAACGUCCAGUUCAUCAACGUGGGGGAGAAGGGACAACGGUACCUCGCGGACAUCUUCACCACGUGCGUGGACAUCCGCUGGCGGUGGAUGCUGGUUAUCUUCUGCCUGGCCUUCGUGCUCUCGUGGCUGUUUUUCGGCUGCGUGUUCUGGUUGAUAGCUCUGCUCCAUGGGGAUCUGGAUGCCACAAAGGAGAGCAAAGCUUGCGUGUCUGAGGUCAAGAGCUUCACGGCCGCCUUCCUCUUCUCCAUCGAGACCCAGACCACCAUCGGCUAUGGCUUCCGGUGCGUCACGGACGAGUGCCCGAUCGCUGUGUUUAUGGUGGUGUUCCAGUCCAUCGUGGGCUGCAUCAUCGACGCCUUCAUCAUCGGCGCAGUCAUGGCCAAGAUGGCCAAACCCAAGAAGAGAAACGAGACUCUUGUCUUCAGUCACAACGCUGUGAUCGCCAUGAGAGAUGGCAAGUUGUGUCUGAUGUGGCGGGUGGGCAAUCUUCGGAAGAGCCACCUGGUGGAGGCUCAUGUGCGAGCCCAGCUCCUCAAAUCCAGAAUUACUUCCGAAGGGGAGUACAUCCCCCUGGAUCAGAUAGAUAUCAACGUUGGGUUUGACAGUGGAAUCGAUCGUAUAUUCCUGGUGUCCCCGAUCACCAUAGUCCAUGAAAUCGAUGAAGACAGCCCCUUCUAUGACUUGAGCAAACAGGACAUUGACAAUGCAGACUUUGAAAUUGUCGUGAUCCUGGAAGGCAUGGUGGAGGCCACAGCCAUGACCACCCAGUGCCGAAGCUCGUAUCUGGCCAACGAAAUCCUCUGGGGCCACCGCUAUGAGCCUGUCCUCUUUGAGGAGAAACAUUACUACAAAGUGGACUAUUCCAGGUUCCACAAGACUUACGAAGUCCCUAACACGCCCCUGUGCAGCGCCAGAGACUUAGCAGAAAAGAAAUAUAUCCUCUCCAAUGCAAAUUCAUUUUGCUAUGAAAAUGAAGUUGCCCUCACUAGCAAAGAGGAAGAUGACAGUGACAAUGGCGUCCCAGAAAGCACAAGUACGGACACGCCCCCUGACCUAGACCUUCACAACCAGGCAAGUGUACCUCUAGAGCCCAGGCCCUUACGGCGAGAAUCAGAGAUAUGACUGACGGAUUCCUUCUCUGGAAUAGUUACGUUCAAACACAGUCUGUUGGUCAAAGGCCCCAAACAGUGAUUCAGACGACGGUACUGGCGGAGAGGUGGGUCAAGGCAAGUGGCCACCAGGGACUGAGGCUAGCCUGGUGGCUUCAGAGGAAGACUCUCAGCUCAGAGAUGGACGGAACACACUCAACACACCUCCCCAUGACCCGACUGCACAUAGACAUGUUGUAGAAUAAGUUAUGGGGUGUUCUGUUUUGUUUUGUGUUUUUAUAAGACUUGAACUUGCAGGCAAGCCUUGGUUGGGUAUUGGACUUAUCCAGAAUGCUUCUCUUUGGGGAACAAGAAUGUUUUUAAUGGCAUAACAAAGGCAAGACUCUGCCUUAAUCUCGAAAAGCUGCUAACUACAUGAACACAAAUUAUAUUUUUGUUGCAGUGUAGUUUUUCUUUAGUGUAACUUAAAAGUCAGUAUUGAACUUGGUUGAAAGCUCAUGAUAUGCGCUUCAAAGUGCCAAAACAAGAGCCUGAUUUUUUUGAGGCCAGUAAUUUGUUUGCUAGAAUUGAUUUUUUUUUUUUUUCUUUCUCUCUCUCUCUCCUCUGGUUACAUAAGGGCAUUAUGUAACGCUAGCCAAAUGGUAGCCUCCGGGUUAGUUUUUUAUUUUUUUUCUUCAUGAUGUUAAUGGGUUAUCUCAAAUUUUAAGUUGGACUACCUAAAACGAAUACCAAAGAUAAUGCACAUUUUUGCACAGUGGAGCUUAUACUAAAAAGGAAGGAAAGCUCCAGAGCUGCCUUGAAAUCAACAGACAAUGACUUUGAACCUCAGCGAGACCUUGAACUGCCCUCCAGAAAAUAGGACAUCAACACACAUAGAGUCUAGGUAGGGAGCAUAGUGCUUUUAAAAUGUUGUUCUUUCGUGUGAUUUUUGUAUUAAAGGAGGGAGAAGAAAGGGAAAGGGAAGUUCUCACACAAGACACACACUAAACACCUCUUCUGUCCUGCGAGCUAGUGCUGGCCAGGCUAAUGCAUAAGGUGAGAGAUGGUGCCGUGCUCUGAGCUUGCUCCAGGUUUUCCCUGUUUGCACAUUCCAAAAUGGAUCCCAUAAAAUAAGACCUUGGUGGAAUUCAGUAGGCAUUCUCAAAACUGAGCCACCUAACAUGGAAGGUAAAUUAAGUCAAACCCUUGCAGUUGAAUACCCCUCCCUGACUGCCAGGAUGGUUCCAGAUGGACUUUGCCUUCGGAAAGAUGCCCCACCAGCAGCCCCCUGCGUGGUCCCUCCUGACCAGUCUGUCUGGAGCAGGUCCCACAGCAUCUGAGAGGGCUACGAAGGCCAAGGCCAAAGUAUGGAUGAACCUCUUUGGAUGUAGCACAUCAGCUUAAGUAUCCAAGAGGGAGAGGAACAUGGCUUUAUAUUCACGGUAGAGGGUAGGGAUGAAACUGUCUCAGUAUUUUAGGGUCACCAAGAGCCAUACAAAAUAAAACACAGUCACGAGUAAGGGAGAUAAUGGGCUAAAGGGUUAUGGCCCAUUGUACGCACACUCAUGCUUGAGCAUGAGCUGAUCCUUGUCCCCAUAGGAGACAUGGAUUCCCAGAAGCCUCUCCUGCCUGGCUGCCUGACUUGCUACCCACCAUUUCCCCCUCAAUCUAGCUGAGUCACGGAACUCUUUUUUAUUUUUUUUGUCUGAAGUACCCUAUCUGUGAAUUCCGGGUUACUGACUUUUCUUUUGAAUUGGAGUCUCAAAACCAACUCUCUCAUGGUGUUAAAUCCCUGUAUGCCAUUAAAAAGAAGCUUGUUCUAGAAUCCUGUAUUUGUGAAUCGAUGUGGGUCUUGAGCAGCCAUAUCUGAAUGCAGUGCCUGCAAUGAGGUCACCAGACCUGCCGUGGUCAGCCUUCAGAGUCCUUGGGUUUGAAGACGGUGGUGUUCUUUUCAUGGGAACCAACACAGAGAUGUGGAUGCUGUUUUGAAAUCCAAAUUGAGAGGCAGGUUUGGGAAGUUGUCUAGAGAGUUAGAGGAACUGGGACUGAGUGGACAAGACAAUCAACCAAAGAGGCAACUGUCUGGCCAUGGACACGAGGCUACCGAGGGCUUCCACUGCUGCUAUUUCGAUAUUUUUGCAAAGGAAAAUAAUCAAACCAAAGAGUAUUCAGUCACAUGUACUUUCAAUGAAGAUACAGUGGAGGGUAGGGCUGACCUCCGAGAAGAUUCCUCCCCAACACACAGCUGCCACUUAAAGAAAGAAUUGAAGUAUUUGCAAAGAGGGUGGGCAAGGGGGCAGGAACGAGGGAGGGACAUCUUUCAACUUCUUUCUGAAAUAGAGAAGAAAAAAAAAAUCUAACAUUUCUGGUGCACACAGGUUUGUUUGUCGUUUGUUUUUUUGUUUUUCAAGAAAAUUUUGCAGAAGCUAUGUUUUUAAAAGUGUACAUUUUAUAAAAUUUAUCAGAUAUUUUCAUAUUUAAAGCCAAAUGUAAAUAGAAGUCUGUAAAGGGGAAAAAAAAUUGCCAUGGAAAGUCUGAUUUCAGUGCAGCAAUUUCUGAGAACUAGUACCUAUAUGCUACCGGUUAGCAUGGUUUUAGCAAAUAUCUUCCCAGCCUUAUAAGGUUUGUAUUGCUAUGUUCUUCGGUUAUUUAUUUCAGCAUGGGCUGUUCAUUUGAAAGCUUUUUUCCUAGUUAUUAGUAUUGUAACAGUUACAAGCUUUAAGUGGCUUUUAUUUUAUUUUAUUUUAUUUUAUUUUAUUUUAUUUUAUUUGUGGUCAAGAGCCAAGACACAGGUAAUGCACUACAUUGUUUUGCUGCAUUUUACCUUCAAAACAUUUGUCCCUCCUGGGCCUCCUUCCUUCGUGCACACAUGCCACCAAGAUGCAGAUGGAAGAGACCCCGUGAACGUCUGGGGUCCAUUCUUGGACGCGUGUUGCUUCUUUAUUGCAAGCGAACCCUCGCUGAAUUCACGUAGGACUCACUCCCUUUUAAAGAAGUCACUGCCCACGUCUGGCUGGGCAUCAUAUUUUUGGAAGGAGGCAUAGAUUCUCGGUUAUCCUAUUUUUAAAGAAAAUGUAGACAAAGUGAAUCUAUUUUGAUUAUGGAGAAAGGCAUAGUUUUCUACCCCUCUACACGUAUACUUGAAUCAGACAUUUCAAAGAUGUCACACGAUAGCACUGUAGUCCUUUCCAAAUUCCUGGAAAAAGUUUUCACCUUAAAAAAAAAAAAAUUCUCUCAAUGCGUUAUUUCUCCCUUUGCUUCCUUUCUUCCCUACAAACUCCCAUCCCAAACCUUGAUGUUUCUUUCAUGAGCUGUACCCAACUCUCCCUCCCCUGUCCCAAAUUAUGUUACCCUUGCAAAUAACAAAUGUCAGUUCACGUUGUAAAAACCACUUGGUAAAGGCAAGAAGCUUGUCCUGACUGGUAAAGUGGGUUCUUUUUCACUCUGUGUCUGCUCAUGGUAAGGUGGGAAAAAAGUGUUGCAUUCAUUCCCAUCCCCUCACUCCCCACUAGAAUCUCUUUUCUGGUGACACUGAGUUCAGCUCUGGUCUCCGGCGAGUUGCACAAGCUGGGCCUCGGACAAUCGCGAUAGUUCCUAUUUUCCCGUUUGCCGUCCUUUUGUACCUAAAGUCUUCCUAUUGUACUGCACAAACCAUGGAUUGUACAUAUUUUUAUAUAUUAUGUCUUAUUUUAUUAUUUCUAAAUAAAAACGUAAAUGUUGAACACAAA